AUGACAGUAAAGGCACUGCGGGCUGUUUCAAGCGGCCAGAAUGGCGUCGGCGCCUUCAUCCUCCAGUGCAAGAAGAUGGACCUGCACUACUGCGACUGGGCAGGCAGCUCCCGGGGAAUGAACGGCUUCAUCAAGUCUCUCCUCCCCAAGUUCGCCGCCGCCAACCCGCAAGUCGAGUUCGCCGUCUCCCCCCGGCCGGGCAAGCACCCCGUCAUCAUCGGACACUACAUCAACGGACGCACAAAGCCGAUCUGCGUGCGCAAUCUGUCGCCAUAUGAGAUUCUACAAAAAGUCGAGCUGCUGCGAGACGCGAGCGGAGAGAAGCUGAAGCGGACCAACAAGGCCGUGACGAGCGUGAAGCCGAGCGUAAGAGGCAUCUGGUCCCCGUACCACGGCAAGGGCAUGGUGGUCUAG